UAACCGAACUAGACCCGCAAGAUCAGAUAUGCACCGAAUAUUUUUGCACUCAAACUGUCAAAUAUUUUGUGCCGACCUUUGUGCCUCGGCCUUUUUAAAUAUCUACCCCCACAUUUUUUUCACAAGGUCUGCAACUGUAAUCCAUAAUAAAGUGUGCAUAUAUAAGUGAUAUAUUCUCGUUGGGUAUUAAAAUAUCAAUUGUAAUUAAUUGUUUAAUUGUAAUUAGUUAGAUUUUGUUAAUAGCUGUUUUAUAAUUAAUUAUAUAUCGAAAUUCAAAUCCUCAUAAUGUCCACUUUAGAUCAAUCAUUUGUUAAUAAUAGUUCUUGGAAACCAGACCUCUUUAAGGGUAAAGUUGCUUUUGUUACUGGAGGUGCAGGUACAAUUUGUAGAGUUCAAACUGAAGCAUUAGUUUUAUUAGGAGCAAAUGCGGUAAUUCUUGGUAGAAAUGUUGCUAAGACUGAAAAGGCUGCUGAAGAAAUUCAAGCACUUAGACCUGGAGCAAAAGUUCUUGGUCUUGGUAAUGUUGAUGUUCGUGAUGUUCAAUCUAUUAAAAAGGCAGUAGAGAAGACUGUUCAAGAAUUAGGUAGAAUUGAUUUUGUAAUUGCUGGUGCUGCUGGAAAUUUCUUAUCUGAUUUUAAUCAUUUAUCUACUAAUGCUUUUAAAUCAGUUGUUUCUAUUGAUUUAUUAGGUUCUUUUAAUACUGCUAAAGCAACAUUUGAAGAAGUUAGAAAGACUAAAGGAGCUUACUUAUUUGUGAGUGCUACAUUACAUUAUUAUGGUGUUCCAUUACAAACACAUGUUGGAGCUGCCAAGGCAGGUGUUGAUGCUUUAUCAAAUGCUUUGGCUGUUGAAUUAGGCCCUGUUGGAGUUCGUUCUAAUUGUAUUGCUCCAGGAAUGAUUUCGGGAACUGAAGGUUUUGCAAGAUUAGCUACUGGUACUAAUUUAGAUCAAAGAGUUCCAUUACAAAGAUUUGGAACUACUCGUGAUAUUGCUGAAGCUACUGUUUAUUUAUUCUCUCCAGCUGCUUCUUAUGUUAGCGGUACUAUUGAAGUUGUUGAUGGUGGUGCUUGGCAUAUUGGAGGAUUUGCCAAUGAAGUUUAUCCUCAAUUACUUAUCCAACAAAAUGGUCCUGAUAGUGAUUCUAAAUUAUAAAUUAACAGUUUUCUAUAGAUAGUAUGUAUACAUAUGUUUAAUAAACCAUACAUAUAUUAUAAUAGGAGAAUCCUGCACAAUGUAGUUGAGAAAUUUCACAGUAGGGUUA